UGCCAUUUUUAUGAUCAAUAGAUUAUAACUAUGUCGAAGAACAACCAGACGUGUUCUGCUAGUGGCGGUGAUAAGAAAUGUCUGACCGUAUGCCCUACCAAUGUUAAGGAAGCCAUUGAUUGGUUCAUAUGCCUGACGGGUAAUGAUGGCUGCCAAUGUAGCAAACCAAAACCAAAGGCAGACUCUCCGGAUGAUUGUGUUAAGAAAGUUGCAAGCGAUGUUUGGGACAUACUAUUUAAGGCCCCAAGAAGCGGCGAUACGACGGUAAAAUGGUGCUGGGAAGAAUGUGAUAUAAUUAACAAUACUGAUUUAAUCAAAAACAACGAGAAAGCUGUAAGCUAUGUCAAGGCACUGAUUGAUGGGCUGGGUAAGAAACUCGCGUCGUUUAUAGGUUGCAUCAAUUGCACGAAAACUUCAUGUCCACACUGCACAAAAGGUGUUGCAUGUGGAUUAUUUGAUGGGAGUUAUACUUAUUGUUAUUCAUCCGCAUCAGCUUGUUGUAUCACUUCCAAAGAAAAAGAACAUAAACGUUGUGCUAAAAUAUUACUUGGAUGUAUACCGCUCAUAUUUUCUUCUUUAACUUACUUGUUCUGGAAUUGCUGUGAUAAUGCUAACGCUGGGAAGUGGAAGGACUGUGAUAUAACUGCUGGUUCAAAGAACUCGUUAUGUGCUUAUUUGACCACUCUAGGUUACGAUACCAAACAUCUUAAUAACUGUAAAGGAAGUCAAAUCAAAACACUUCUCUGUGGUUUCAGUGAAUUGUCAGAUUGCUUAACUGAUAAGAAAUCCACUGAGCUAACGGGUGACAAGCCAAAAUCAUAUGCCGAAUUCGUUAAUGCGAUUCAAAAUUCAUUUACUAGCAACGGGCAAGGAGAACAAGCAGGAACAAGUGAUGAUCAGGAAAAGGGCAAGCAAGUGCCUCUCCAAAGGCUUUACAGUGGUGCAUCAUUCUACUUCCAGGCCACUCAAGAAAAAUGCAACCAAAAGUUAGAUAAGGCAAAUCGCCCCAAGACUAUUUGUGAGUUGCUGUAUUGGUUAUUAGGAUUACCUUACACUCCGGUGGGUAUGCGAGUGGAAAACGGGUUACUGGAAGUGUUGCUGGAUCAAGAGGAUGAAGUAAACGAGGAAGACAAAGGUUGUGGUUAUUUACCUUCGGGAAAGUGUUGCAAACCACCAUCUACUGACGAAUCCCCUUGUGUUUUGACUCUUGGAACCGCGGAUUACUAUUUACUGCCUCCAUGUUACUACGCAGCUUUCGUGCUGUUAUCUAUAGAAGGAAAGCUUGUUUCUGGAAAGAAAGAUAAUGCGCAACCAGCUUCAUCCAGCGGAGACAGUGGUAGUCAACAAUCUUCACCUAGCGGGAAAAAUGAUAAUCAAACCUCUGAACCUUUUCUUCAUGACGUCUACGCCAAUAGACACUUCGAAUUCUAUUACCCUUCAUCCGAAAGAAGCUGGUUUGCUAUGGUUUGGGAUGUAGUGUAUGCCCUCUAUUUCCAAUUAGGAUUCCUCUAUAAACAGUGUAAUGUAGACUACAAAACUGGAUACGGAUGGAAAGAUUGUAAAUAUGGUAAGGAUGUUAAGUCUUAUGAGUCAAAAACGUGGAUAUGCAAGCCCUCCCAACCUAAAGGUCCUCAUAAUGACCAAUGCGGGCAAGCGCCCAGUGACUAUUCCCCCCUUCAAGGCUACUUAUGUGAUAAACUCACGGAUUUUAUAUGUGAAAAGAACGGCGAAGAAUCCCAGUCCGAAUCAGAUUCCAAAUCCUAUUGUGCCCAUCUGGACCACCGUCCACCUUCUCAGUGGUGUCCCAUACCAAUGGGUUUUGGAGAUGAUCUGAAAAAUCUUACUUCGCAACGCAAAGGGGAGGAUUUAUCUGAAAUUUUAUCUCUCUACUUUGAAGACAAAAUCCGAGGUUCCAGUCUGUAUCAACUGAUGUUGUAUCUUGGCUUUGUGUCACUUAGACCACCUCGCUGUCUAGGCGACAUGUUUGCUUUUCUCUGUGGUAUUGGAAGGUUGUGUGACGCUAAUCCUCCCCCAAAGGAUGGUACAUUAGAAAAGCUUUGGGGAGAUAAAAUAAGUUGGUAUCCGGGAGCACCUAACCUAGAGAAUUUUACGACGGCCUUGAAAAUAUUAGCUGGUAGUUGCACCAAACCAGAUCCAUCAAAGGACACAUCUGUUAGUCUUUGCAGUUUAAGUCCACCAGAUGAAUCUAAAUGCAACUCCUGCACCAAAUAUCUAUGCUCUAUAUCCUGGUCAGUGUAUACGGUCUUUUCCACGCGUCAUAUCGAAUCCUACCUCUCAUGGGUUGUUUAUCUGAUAGACGAUUUUAAAAGUAAUCUCGAGGCAUUUCUCAACCAUUUACAGAGUGUUGAAUGCAAAUCUGGAUGCUCAGAGUGCAGCAAUAUUCAGAAAUGCCACAAACAAAACUCUACCGGUGGAUGUCAAUGCAAGGUGGUUGAAUGUAAGCGUAUCCUUGGAGCGCUGUAUCGCUUUGGUUUCACAUAUCAGGACAUAUCUGCUCUGAAAAAUGAUAAGAAGUGCUCCGAUUUCCUCAAACAAUUGAAGGACGUAGCCGAAGGAGGCCCCUUAAAGAACCUUAUUAAAGCCGUUAACCAAAUGCUCUAUUCAAUCCGUUUAGCAUUUAUAUUUUGGGCAUGGUUGCUGUGGACGGCUGCAAUUGUAUACCUCGUCUUUGGUCUGGUGAUAGACCUAGACAUCCUUCACAUCAGAUCGCACAUUUGGCUGAAGCACACACACAAUAUUCCAGCCUUUAAUUUAUUCGCGGCCAGGCGCCUUAAAUACGGCAUACAGGUAUACUUCGGCCGAUAGAUGAUGUUGACUGGAAGGUCAUUGUAUGAC